UAAGUUUGCCAGAUGGAUGUGAAGUGUCUUGUAAAGAAUAUCAUUAACGAUUUUAUUAAAUAACUUUUAUCGAGUACAUAAAAUCAUGGAGGGUCAACAAUUUUGUUUACGAUGGCAUAAUUUUCAAAACACAUUAUUGAGUUCUCUUCCUAAGCUGCUUGAUGGUGGUUAUUUAACAGAUGUCACAUUAAGUGCUGGUGGUAGACAUAUACAUGCACAUAAAAUUAUUCUCUCUGCUUGUAGUUAUUAUUUUAAAGAAUUGUUUAAGGACCUAGGUUCUUUGCAACAUCCUAUAAUUGUUUUACCAGGAAUGGAAUAUGCAAAUUUAUGCGCAUUAGUUACAUUCAUGUAUAAUGGUGAAGUGAAUAUUUAUCAAGAACAGUUACCUGCACUUUUGGCAAUGGCAGAUACAUUACAUAUUCGUGGAUUAGCUGAUAUAGCUGGGAAAAAUUCGAGACACGAUAAUGGUUUAUACAUUCAGCCUCCACCAGCGCAACUACAGGAAAAAGCAUUAGCUGAAACAUCGAUAAAAAAAGAAAAUAAAGAUAACAUUACAAGUGGUGGAGAAUCUUUAGAAACGGUUUUGGAAACAGAAACAGCUGAAAACAUGGAAGAAUCAUUUAAUGAUCAAGAAAGUAUACCAUAUUGUGUAAAAACUAAACCCUAUUACUCCAUUAAUGCAAAGUUAAAUCAAAGAGAAAAAGUCAGUAUUCCUCCUAUUACUACUUCUACCAACAAAUACACUGAGAAAGCAUAUUCAGAAAGUGGAAUGGAUGAAAGUACUCCCGUUUUGGAAGAUCAAAUUACACCAGUUGAAGAAACAAAACCUCCUCCUGUUUGGGAUUCUAAUUUUAAGUUUCUUUCGAGUUCUGUGAGCGGUAGAACUUCUCAGAAUUACAACAAAUCUAGUGUUACUUGUCUUAUCUGUGGAAAACAAUUGAGUAAUCAGUAUAAUUUGCGGGUACAUAUGGAAACUCACAGUAAUAGUUCGUAUAGUUGUACAGCUUGUUCACAUGUAUCAAGAUCACGAGACGCCCUUCGAAAACAUGUUUCUUACAGACAUCCAGUAGCGUCGUCACAGAAACGAUCAAGAUAUAGUACAUCGAAAUUAUAGAUUCUGGUUUUAUUCUAGAUAUUUUGAUUUAUAUUAUAUUCU